UCCCGACCGCCUGCGAGCAGCCGCAUCGCACGGGGCUGCCGGUCCGGCUCGGCGCCUGGUCACGCCUGAGCCGCUCGCUGCGCCUUUAACGGCGGCGGCUGCGCCGCGGCGGGUGGGCUGCGCGGGGGAACGGAGCGGCACGGCGGCGCCUCCCGGCCGCGUCUCUCGGCGCCGCAGGCGGGUGGGCGGUGCGGGACCUCCGCCGGGAGCAGAUGGAGUGGCGGGGCGCGGGGUGCCAGCGCGCCGGGAGGGCCCCGCGGGCAAGCAGCUGACGCGGCCGGCGACGGCUUGGCCGGGAGCGGUCAGCCCCGAGAUGGCGAAAGCUCCGCGCCCAGCUUCUAUCAGUUUGUGAAAGCUAAUUCAACCUGGGGAGAAGGCAGAGCCAGUGAGAAAAGCUGGUCUGUGCCGAUUCAGCGGUGCUCAGUGGCACAUGCAGAAUGUCCUCAAAGACUCUGUGGAGAGCUCCGAUGACGAAUUCUUUGAUGCGCGAGAAGAGGUGGUGGAAGGAAAAAGUGCCAUUCUUAUAGGCAUGAGCCAAUGGAACUCAAAUGACCUUGUUGAGCAGAUAGAAACAAUUGGGAAGAUGGAAGAAAAUCAAGGUGAAUUAUAUAGAGCCUCUUUAAGAAAACAAAGGUUACCUGCACAAGGCAGUAUUGAAAUACAUGAGGACAAUGAGGAAGGAGUUAAACACCAGAAAUGCAAAACUCAUGUGCUAAUUCUGAUCCUACAUGGGGGGAACAUCUUAGACACUGGAGGAGAGGACCAAAGCAGCAAGCUGGCAGACAUCAACACCUUCAGUUCUGUGUUUGAAAAAGUCACCCAAGCCCAUUUCCCUUCUGCUUUGGGACAUAUCUUAAUCAGACUUGUUCCCUGCCCUGCAAUCUGUUCAGCAGCCUUCUCUCUUGUUUCCAACCUAAAUCCCUACAGCUAUGAUGAAAGCUGUCUCAGCAGCAGUGAAGACCACAUCCCACUGGCUGCCUUGCCCUUGCUGGCUGUUUCUUCCCCUCAGUACCAGGAUGCAGUUGCCAUGGUGAUCACUAGAGCAAACCAAGUUUACAAUGAAUUUCUCAAAUCUACAGAUGGGGUUGGUUUUAAUGGACAGGUGUGUCUUGUUGGUGACUGCAUUGGAGGAAUUUUGGGUUUUGAUGCCAUCUGCUAUAAUGCUAAUAGAGCUGAUGAGAGUCGGAACAGUAGCAGGAGAGGAAGCAUCAGCAGCAUCCAGGAUAAUCCCCUUUUAACAGAGGACUCCAGUCUGGGUGGCAGCAAACGCCUGAGCAAAAGCAAUAUUGACAUCUCGGAAAUCAUGGAGGAUGAGGACCCAAGGCAGCCGUUGCCUAGGAAACAGAGUGACUCAUCCACCUAUGGCUGUGAUACUAUAACCCAGCAUCAUGCUUUCCUGUCUAGCAUCCACUCAAGUGUGCUGAAAGAUGAUGCAGACUUUCUUCCUGUGAAUUCCAGUCUCUCAGAAGUAAACCUGGGCCGAUUUGAAUUUGAGGUGUCUGAUUUCUUCAUCUUUGGAUCACCACUUGGUUUGGUGCUGGCCAUGAGGAGUACUGUUCUGCCAGGCCUGGAUGUAUGCCAGGUCCGCCCAGCCUGCAGCCAAGUUUACAGUUUCUUUCACUCUGCUGAUCCCUCUGCCUGCAGACUUGAACCAUUGUUGGAGAAAAGAUUUCAUCUCCUGCCUCCAUUCAGUGUCCCACGGUACCAGAGAUACCCACUGGGGGAUGGAAGAUCUCACCAGUUAGGUGAUGCCAUCCAAAACCACAGUGCUCUGUUCCUUGAGAACAGCUCUUUGAACAUAACUCUUGCUCAGGAGAGUCCUGAAUCUCCAAAUGCAUCUAAUCAACCACAAGGAAAAGAGAGAAAGUUGAGCUUGGCCAGCACAAACAGUGAAAACUCAGGGUCAACAGAGAGCUUGCCAUCAGCAUACUUCACCAACAUUACUGCAAAGUGGUGGGGAACAAAACGAAUUGAUUAUGCCUUGUAUUGUCCAGAUGUACUGACAGCAUUUCCAACUGUGGCCCUGCCACAUCUGUUCCAUGCCAGCUACUGGGAAUCAACAGAUGUUGUGGCAUUCAUUUUGAGACAGGUGAUGAGGUAUGAAAAUGUAAAUUUCAAGGAGAACAACAGCCUGGAUCCAGCAACACUAAGCCCAUCUAAUCCACGAGAAAAAUGGCUACGUAAAAGGACACAUGUCAAAUUGAGAAAUGUGACUGCUAAUCAUCGAGCUAAUGACAUCAUUGCAGUAGAAGACGGUCCUCAGGUACUAGUUGGGCGCUUUAUGUAUGGGCCUCUGGACAUGGUAGCUUUAACAGGUGAAAAGGUUGAUAUCUUCAUAAUGACUGAGCCAUCUUCGGGUAGAUGGGUGUACUUUGACACAGAGAUAUCCAACAGCAGUGGCCGUAUAUCCUACAGCAUACCCAAACAAAAGAGAUUGAGAGUUGGUGUGUAUCCCAUCAAAAUGGUGGUCAGAGGGGACCAGAGCAGUGCCACAAGCUAUCUGACAGUGCUUCCCCGAGGAAUGGAAUGUGUUGUGUUCAGCAUUGAUGGUUCAUUUGCAGCAAGUGUUUCAAUUAUGGGAAGUGACCCCAAAGUCCGAGCUGGAGCUGUUGAUGUUGUCAGACAUUGGCAGGACCUGGGAUAUCUGAUUAUCUAUAUUACUGGCCGUCCAGAUAUGCAAAAGCAGCGUGUGGUUUCAUGGUUGUCUCAACACAACUUCCCACAAGGAAUGAUCUUCUUCUCUGAUGGACUUGUUCAUGACCCAUUGCGACAAAAGACUAUUUUUCUACGGAAUCUCAUGCAAGAGUGCCACAUCAAAAUCUGUGCUGCAUAUGGUUCCAUGAAAGAUAUUUCUGUUUACAAUGUCUUGGCUCUGUCGCCGUCUCAGAUCUACAUAGUUGGACGAUCAACAAAGAAAUACCAGGCACAGUGUCAAUUCCUCAGUGAGGGUUACGCAGCCCACUUGGCCUCGCUGGAGUUCAGUCUUCAUUCACGACCCAAAAAGAACAACUCUCGGAUGAUCUUGAGAAAAGGCAGCUUUGGCCUUCACUCCCAACCUGAGUUUUUGCGCAAGAGAAACCAUCUCCGCAGGACUAUGUCUGUGCAGCAACCUGACCCACCUUCUUCAAACCCCAAACCAGAGCGUGCCCAGAGUCAGCCCGAAUCAGACAAAGAUCAUGACAGACACUUGCCCUCCAUAGCUUGGGUUAGAGGUGGAGUUCACAAAUUUGAAUCUGUCCCCUAGGAAGCCUGGGGAUGUAGAUCUUGGAUGCCAUCCCCUUAAACUUGUAAUCAUGCCUCAAAGAUAAUAUUUAGGCAGCUUCAAACUAGAAAAUGUAGAGGGGAACCUGUACCUCAGAGUCAUUCCUGCUCUAGAUGCCUUCUUAUACCAACUAGGGAACUUGCAGUUCGUUCCUCUUGACAUGUUUAUUGGGAAAUUUUAAAACAAUCUAAAACUAUCGGAAGUGCUUAAAACAUCAAAGCAACAGGAAAAAAAAUUUUUGGUUAUUUUGUACAGUACAUACAAUAAAAUGUGCAAUAAGAGAAAAAUCUGCAACAAGCUGUUUUUUAUUCAAAAGAAGGAUUGUGGUAGCAGCUAACUAGCUGCACCCAAAGCAGUAUAAACAGUAGGUCCCAUUGGUUACAGGGAAAGUUUGCACUUUAACCAUUAGUUUUAUCUGCUGCCACUUCACUUUCGAUAAAGAGAUAUAUUUGCAAGGGAAGAGGAAGAGGGAAUACAAUAAUGGGUGAUUAGAAUUUGUACAGCAAGAGGCUUGUUGGGUGCCUUUAACCCAAGAUAUCCUUUCAGCUUACAUUGUUGGUCAACGGACUCAGAUAUAGGCAUGUUGUCUGAAGUGCUGUAAUUUGGAGAACUCCACCUAUGAACCAAAUCAUAAAUGCUUCGUGUUAGAAAUAAAUGUCUAUGCCACGGUUUGAAGUAGUUAGUGUUGCUGUAUACAAAGUGAUGUGCAAGUGUACAAAAAUCACAUUGUUUUGUUGAACUUGGUGACUGUGCAAAAUGUGUUAACUACUGUGAGUAAGGACAUGCCUCCAACCAUCUAAGUCUGAAACACAGAUCCUAAGAUGGUAACCUAAAGGCAACUUUUUUACUAAGGGAUCUGCAAACUUCAGAGCAAUCAAUUUUUCCAUUAUUCUAACUAGAAACUUUAAACUGGAGGAGGAAAAAGUGAUAAAUGCUAAUGGAAUUCCUGGGAGUAAAUUAUUUACUUUCUCAUGCUUUACAGCAACUGCUGUGCUAAGACAAUCUGUAGCAGUCAGAAUUACAGCCUAUGAGCUUCAAAGAAUGGAGAUGACAAAUUACAGGUGCCAAGUAGACAUUUUCCUACUGAUUUAAAUUUAUCUCAGAUCUCUCAAUGAACUUAUUAAAAGUAAAAAUGUGUGAAGUUUUCUCUAGGUGAUAAUAUUUCUGAACUAAACGUUGCAAUUAGUUUAACGUAGCUGCAGUUUGCAGCUUCUUUAUGCAACUAUUUCCACCAAACUAUAAAUUUACCAUGAGAACUUCCAUGAUAGAACUGAUGCAUGUUUCAAAACCUGUAAUGAAGUUGCUAGUGCACUUUUUUUUUUUCUCCUU